ACUGGAUUUGUAUCUAUUUUUAGAACUUUUAAGACCGUCGAGACCCACAAAAUAAAACCAUUGAAUGACCCAAAAUAAGUACGAAGUUCAGCUGCGUAAAGUAUUUCAGAUUUUUUUGAAAUUUAAGGUUUCAAGAUGGAUGAAUUUACCCAAAAAAUUCUGUGGUUGUCAACCGAAAUAGUAUCACCAGAAGAUCGUGAUUGCUUACGCCUAAUUGCAUCAUCAGUAUUAAAGAUAAACCAACAACACAAGAGUGUAAAAGAAAUAUUGGAACAAUUGUUAGACAAGGAAUUGCUUUCAAAAAAUAACAUCCACAUUGCUUAUGAGGCUUUGACAUUAAUGAACCAAAUUAGAUUGCGAAGUGAAUUUUUGAAAAAAAUUGGCUUCCUAAAUUACAAGCCAAAGCCAUCUGUAAUCUCUGCAUUUACAAGAAUGCUGGUCAAAGUACGUCACACACUGGGCGAGGACGAGUUGUCCAAUUUAAUAUUUUCCUAUAAAGGCAAAGGUGCUGGAAUUAUUGAGUAUGAAAACAGUGCCUAUGCGGUCUUACUGUACCUCUUGGAUAAACUUUUAUUGACCAAUGAUGUAGAAAGCUUGAACAAAUUUGCAGAUGUUCUUAAAGUGGCAAAAAGCAUUAGAGGACAGAAAUAUGUUCAAGAAUAUUUGAAAGAAAAUCCCAAUCUGUCAAAAAGAACAGCAUCAGAAUCCACCCAGGAGGGUUUGAAUACUGUUGAUCAAGAAGAUGGAGAUAGAAAAUUUCAAUUGGGAACAUACAACAUUAAAGGAAAUGAAAAUUUGAUUGUGAUUGGUGCACAUAAUCUGAAUAUACAAAUGCCUCAAAUUCAAGACAUUUCUCAGCAUCAGCAAGUAGCCAAAGCUCAAGAUACAGCUAACAAACAGCAAGGUGCAAACCAGCAGCCAGCAUCUGACCAAAUCCAAGUAAUGAACAAACAACCAACAGUGAACCAACAGUCAUUAUCUGGACAAAGAUUGGCAAUAAACCAACAGCCAAUAACUGACCACAAACUAUCAGUGGACCAACAACCAGUACUAAACCAGCAGCCUACAAACCACCACCAAGCAGUGGACCAAGAGUCACCAUCUGCCCAAAAACUGGUAAUGGACUAUCAACCACCAACUGACCAGCAGUCAGCUAUAGACCAGCAGUCAGCAUUUGACCAACGACCUUCCACAAUGCAUAAUAGUGAGCAACCCGAACAUGUUUCAUUUUCUGAAGCAACUGGACAAGACCAUGGUGAUGACAAACUGCCCAGAGACAGAGAUUCCCUUGAUUUAGGAUAUUCUUCACAUCUUCUUUCACCAGACACAAGUAUAAGCAUGCCACCAACAGAAUUUUCAACCAUAAAGCCCUUGCUAUCUUUGCCACCUUCCAGUCAAUCAACCCCUCCUACAUACAAGCCAACAUUACCAGUUCAACCAGGUAGAUAUUGGGUAAACUUUUGUUAAGGAUAUAGGUGUGAAUCAAUCAUAGCCAAUUUAUGUAAAAAGAAUAUAACAUUAUUAUUUAUGUACCUGUAAUUGACAAUGAGUAGGAUAUUGUUUUCGAUACAAUUUUGAAUUAGAAGCUUAUAACUAUAAUUGGUUA